AUGCGCCUGCCUCUUUCAGACGGCAGCACAGGGUUUCCGCCGUGCCACGGAGUGAAGGUCGGUGCGGUUCGCAGCGGAGGUGAAGAGCCCCGCGAGGUGUUCCACAGGCUGGCGGGGAACACUCAGACGGCUGGCUCUGGAGAACGUGGAGAGGGAAUCAUCUGUGCAGACUUCUCCGAGCCGGAGGAGCCACGGCAGCUGAGGAGAUCCCCGCCCGAAACGGCCCAGUCGGUGAAGGAGGUGGGAAUGGCGCUGUAUUUCUUCAUCAUGUAUUACACCGGAGUCACCACCUCUGAGUUCCUCUUCAGGGACCCCACCGUCAAAAUCGGCCCCAACAAAACUGUGAACGAGCUGAUAACAGUGGAGUCAAAGAGGUACCUGAAGUACUUGGUGGAGCAGGCCAACCUUCACUUCAUAGCCACCGGGAAGAUCAGGGAGACCGGCCAGAUCGUCACCGCAAUGAAAGUCGUCGCGCUGCGCAAUCCCAAACUCACGGUCGAGGUGUCUGCUACAGGCAAAGUGAAUGAAGAGAUGGUGGCCAAAGUUCAGUUUACAAACCCCUUCAGCUUCAGCCUGGAGAACGUCUACGUCCGCAUGGAGGGGCCGGGCCUCAUGGCGCCCAAAUUCAAAUAUUACGGUGUGAUCCUUGGAGGCCUGUCUCUGACCUGGUCAGAGUUCUUCGUCCCGCAGAGGCCCGGUGAAACCCGGGUGAUCGCCACGCUGGACUGUGCCGCCCUCCGGCAGGUCUCUGGCCAGGCGACCGUCACCAUCACGGCCUGAGCAGCACUGCAGGACCGCCGACUCCAUCCAGACGCAGUUAUUUUAAGGCUAAUGUACCAGUCUGUAAUGUAGUUGAAACCUUUAGCGGUGGAACAAGUGUAGCUUUAGCAUCUAGCUAGCAAAAGCUGGAGUUUUGAAUUCCUUCAUGUUCCACUUGAGAUAACUCAGACGUUAUGUUAAUGGAUACAAAACCAAUCAGAAGGAAGAACACAUAAAUUGACAGUCAUUUUCAAAAUAUUGUCAUCUAAAAGCAAAACUUUUCUGAGACAAAAACGCUGUCGUGUCCCAUAAUGCUUUGCAUUGUGACACUGUCCUGUGACAUUAUCUUACUUAUAGCUUCACCUGGAAGCCCACCAGUACUGAAGAUGAAUUUGAUAGUUCGACUAAUGAAGCUUGUUGCGUUGUCUUCUGAAUCGACUGAAUCGAUUUGCCUUUCCGUCACCAUUUAUCAUU